UCGUUUUGGGGUGUGGGGGGAAGCUGGGGGUUGUUGCCGAAUAUGUCCGAAAUUCAGAUUAUGUAUGUGUCAUUGCUCACCUACCUUCAUCUUGCCGUUACGAAUAUCGCCGUUUGAAUUUACAACUUUACCGUGCAGAUUCCUUUUGCUUUUCUCGUACGCACAGGUCUUUUUUUAAGUAGAAUUUCCUGCUUUUACAAAAUUGAAGCUGCUUUGGAUAACCUGGGCGGAUACUGAAUUAACGCUGCAACUUGAAACUUGCCGCAGACAGCAGCUUGCUUUCGCAUUUCCGUCAAUAUAUCUAUAUUUGAGAAUGUACGUGGAUACGAGUGCAUCAUAUUCUACGGCGUACCUGCUAUAUUUCGAGUUUGACUUUGGAUAAGAUAACACCACUGUGCAUUUGUGCGGUGUUAUCGUCUUUUAGAUUUCUUUUGUAAUAUUGGUGGAACUUGGUCAGUGUUUAUCAAAGAUGGCAACGAUUUGUCCAUUAUUUUACGACCCACGACGCGGACGCCAUUUCUCAGAUUUUACGAUGUUGGUGAUAAGCGACUUGUUUGUUUGAACUUGGUCCUAUUAUUGUCCAUUCAUUUUUCCAACUAUUUCCUGCUGCAUCUCAGCGUUGGAAGUCUUUUCCAUCGCCGGACGAUUGCAGCAGUUAUUUUUUUGCCUAAGGUGUUUCCGCUUUGGCCACUCCAGUCAUGUCGACAUUUUCUGACUCCACCGUGCACGAUCCAACAGUUCCGUAUCAUCGCCAUGGUUCGAUUAGCUACAAUCCGGACUGGAAUGCGGAUGACGGAUACGUUGUGGCCAGUCAUGAUCGGCUGGAUUCCGAUGCGUCUACAAGUGUCGUGCGAGUGGAGAUUUGCGAUUUGGAUGAGCGAACGCAUACAACAACAGGUGUUUUACGAUGGUGUCAACAGGUUAUUUUGAAUCCGUAUGCAAAACUUUUGGUGGUCGUGGGCUGGCGAUCGUGGCUGAAAGACAGUAUUAAUUAUGGAUCAUGGCCCAUUCGUCUUUUGAACCUUUACACCAUGGUGAUAAUCUUCCUGCAACUGUACACCUUUGUCUACCAAGUGAUUGCCUGUGAGGGCAAACUGGUUAUCAACCAAGGAACACCCACGACGACGCUCAGUCCCAAUGGGUCGGAGGAUCGGAUGGCCACCAUCGAACCGUCCGUCCAGCGACGCCAGUGUUACCAUAUUACGACAACCUACAUUGUGCCGGCAGUGCUGCAUUUUGCAGUUUAUAUCAUGGGUUUUAUGCAUUUCCGCGUCCAGGAGAAUGAACAACUGUACUCUUUGAUGGAAAAGGUUUUUCUUCGGCAAGCGCCGGUACACCGUGCCUUGACGCAGUCCAGCGCCAUAACCGGCGCUCGUUGGUAUUUUUAUUGUGGACUGGUCUGGAGUCUGUUGGCUGUUGCCUUGCAAGGACUGUCGGCUGCUGCUUUUGGAAUGACGCCGACAAUCUGGUUUUUGGAUUCCGUUGAAGAGUGGUGGACAUCGUUUUUGUUCGCGUUCCAGUUACUGGGUUUUCUUUUUGUCUACCUCGUGCAAGUGGCCGUUAUUGUCAACUAUGCCGCACAGUGUGAGCUGCUUAUUGCUCUGGUCAAUGGAAUCUGUAUGCGGUUGCGGGAAAAGUCCACAGAUUUGCGUGUUGCGAUGCAUGACAUUUUGGGUGUCCGGGAAGGUAUUAGUAUGCUAAAUGGAGUCAUGGCGCGAAUGACGGCUAUUGGCGUUUUAAGCUUUACGGAGUUGACCAUAAUGGGAUUAUGUUUACUGGUCCUUAACGACAUCUCCAAUACAUGGGCCUGGAUGUAUCGCGCCCUGUAUCCCAUUGUUUUUGGCACGGCAUUAUUGUUUCCGUUAGUGCAGGCCGCCCGAGUUGCUUCCACCGGUGACAAACUGAAGCAGAUUUGCUUUGAAAUGCGAGUAUUUGGAUAUAAGGAUGCGUCUCAGUUGGAUCUCGAUUCAUUUGUACUGUUCGUCAACCAUGCUAGUCUUCGUACGAAACUUUUCAGCAUACCUAUCAAGUUCGGGAUGAUAAUGGCCUUUACCUGCGGAAUUUCGCUGAUAUUACUGGUGCUCUUUCAAAUGGGUAUUAUUGCCGGAGCCAAUAUUCUGUUUUGAUUGUGAUUUUCUUUUAACUGAUCUUGUUUUGCACUUUUUUGCUGAUGCCGGUCGUUACGGACAAGCCUGUAUUUCAGCUUGUUAAUGUUUUUCAACUUACUUGCCAUGGUUCGUUGUGCUUUCCAAUGGUGUGCUCAAAUAAUAUUUUCCAGUGGUAAAUCUCUUGGAUUUCUAUUCUCGUUUUACUGUACUCAAGUUUUUUGACAGUUUUUUUAUUGCUAUUUGCAUGGAAAAAUAUGUGUGAAGCAAAGAAAAGAAUUGGGCAGCAAAA